AUGGAAGGCCGGCACUAUGAAGUAGUCACUGGGCGCUACGAUGGAAGAGUGUCAAGCUUCGAUCUGGCAAGCACAACACUGCCAGAUUUCACCGCGAACACAGUCGAGUUUGACAGGGGCUCCCAGUUUAAUUUCGACAACUGGUACUUCAAGAACUUGGAGAAGAGGAAUGAUCUUCUCACCUCUGACCAGGACCUCUUUGAGAGUCAAUUCACGAGUGGACUGGUGAAGUUUUACGGGAACAAUCCCGAUAAGUUUGCCCGGGACUUCGGGCAGUCCAUGAUCAAGAUAAGAAACAUUGGGUGGAAGACGAGAGAAAAUGGAGAGAUCAAGAGGGUGUGUAAUGUAGUAAACAGCGACUCGUAUUCACAGUAA